AUGACGUUUUUCAAGAAAAACCGAAAAGGGAAUUUUAACCGAAGUUAUGAGAAUGAAGCUAAAUUAGAUAAAAUAAUUUUGGGUGGGACAUUUUUUAAAUAUUGUGAAAAUGAUUUAGUAAUAAAAAAUAAAUUAGAAAAUUUAGUCCCAUAUUUUAAUGGUAGGAUUUUUUUAGAAAAUAAAGAAGAGAUAGGAAAAGUUGAUGAAAUAUUAGGUCCCAUUAAUGAUUUUUUUUUUUCGGUUAAAUUAAAAGAAGGGAUAUUAGCAAAAUCCUUUUCAAGUGAUACGCAAUUUUAUAUUGAUCAAUCGCAAACAUUGCCAUUAAGUAGAUUUUUGCCACAAGAUAAUAAAGCACAAAAUAAGACAAAGAAAAAGAAAAGAUCAAAUAGAUAUAAAGUGAAAAAUAACUCAAAUCCCAAUAUUAAGAAGUCCAGCAAUUUCUCUUAUGGAGGUCACAACAGAAAUGAUAGGGGUGGCAGGAAUGAUGGUUCUUCGAAAAACAUGAAUAAUGCAAAUUUUAGAAAUGGUAAAAAUAAUUUUAAGAAAAGGUCAAAUAGCGGUCGUAAAUUUAGUAAUCAGAGAGGUAGGUUUUGA